CCCGGAGACUCGCGAGCAAGUCAACAAGAUGCAGGCACUUUGCACAGGGGACACCGCUUCCAAUCAACGUACUCGCAAAUGCAAUUAAAUAAAGUAACUUUCCAGCAGUUGAUGCAUUUGAGCAGUGCUUCCUCUCACCUGAUUUAUAUCUCGGAGGUAUACUUAAAGGCUUGGCCAAAUUUAUUGCGUAACAAUCGCUUGGCAUUCGGUCAACUUCACUUAAAUUUAGGAGACUCUUUACCUUCGAUAUUGGAAACAAAUUCUGGAGGAACACUGCCCCUAUCACCGUGAGAGGAGAAAUAUGCCGAAGUUUCAAGAAGCUGAAAAAGCUGUUCCCAAUACUUUAACAAAGGACUGCAUCGGGUCACUGAUUGGACAAAGAUAUUUGGUUCAAGAAAAACUUGGCAGAGGCAGUUUUGGGAUGGUUUACCUUGUACUGGAUAAGAAAUGCCAAAAAGGAGAAGCGCUGAAAGUCUUAAAGGAGAUAUCUGUUGGAGACCUGGAACCAAAUGAGACUGUACAGGCUAAUUUGGAAGCACAGCUGCUUUCGAAGCUUGAUCAUCCAGCAAUUGUUAAAUUCUACUCCAGCUUCGUAGAACACUAUAGUUUCUGCAUCAUUACAGAAUACUGUGAGGGUAGAGAUCUACAAUGUAAAAUUGAGGAGUAUGAGCAAGCCAGUUUGACGUUCUCUGAAAGCCAGAUCAUCGAGUGGUUUAUACAGUUACUACUGGGAGCCCAGUACAUGCAUGAGAGAAGAAUACUUCAUAGAGAUUUGAAAAGCAACAACAUCUUUUUAAAAAAUAACAUUGUAAAAAUAGGAGACUUUGGAGUAUCUUGUUUCCUGAUGGGUUCAUGUGACCUGGCGACUACAUUUACUGGGACACCCUACUACAUGAGCCCAGAGGUACUCAGCCACCAGGGCUAUGAUUCCAAGUCUGACAUAUGGUCGAUGGGUUGCAUUUUGUAUGAGAUGUGCUGCUUGCAUCAUGCAUUUGCUGGUCACAACUUUAUGUCAAUUGUUUUGAAGAUCGUGGAAGGUGAGGUUCCUUCACUGCCAGAUCAUUUCUCCAGAAAUCUCAAUGCAAUCAUGACAAGCAUGUUACAAAAGAAUCCAUCACAUCGACCAUCAGCUGCAGAAAUUCUGAAAAUUCCAUAUAUUGAUCUACAGUUGCAGAACAUAAAAAGCAAGUUCUCAAACAUAUCCAUGAAAGACAAAAUGAUAAGCUCCCAAAAAGAUGCUCUGCAAAUAAAGAAAGCCUUUCAGAAGAAAGUUCACCUUCAAACACUACGUGAGCAGUCUGAAAUCCAGAAAAUGACUCCACGAGAGAGGAUGAGACUUCGAAAAUUGCAGAGUGCAGAUGAGAAAUCUAAGAAAUUGAAGAAACUGGCAGAAGAGAAAUAUCAGGAAAAUCAUCAGCGCAUGCAGCAACUGAGGAAUCUCAAUUUUCAGCAAGUCAGUGUAGAUGUUCUGCAUGAAUCUAUUGAGCACAGAUCAUCACAUGAGACCCAGUCACCGCCAGUAGUUGCUCAUGAUUUCCGAUCAUUAAGGCAACCUGAACUCAAAGGGAAGAAGAUUUCGGAUAGACUGUGCAUGUCUGAGCCACCAGACCACGCAAUUCCCGAAGAUCCAGAAGUAGCUGAAGAGUUUUAUCAUGAAGAUGGUUUUGAAUCUUGUUCUGAUGAAAACCUAGAAACUGACGAAUCCAGUGAAGAAAGUGAAUGCUCUACUUUCAAAACUUAUGAACAGGACACAGAUGUUGAAGCCCUAGUACGGUGCAUGGAGGAUGUUCUGGACAGCAGAACGUUAGACAGUGGCACUGUGACUCCAGCAGCCUACCGGGGCCCAACUGCAAUCAACUGUGUCAUGGCACAGGCCAAGAUGAAUCGCAUGAGGGCGGCAGCAAUUCAAAAGCUGGAAGCAGAUGUGUUCCAAAGAGUUUAUGACUAUCUGAAGGCAGCACGGAGAGAGUACAUCAAGGAAGCAGAAGUCAUGGAGAACCUGGAGAGGUUGGGUGCCAAACCAAGCAACUGCUUUGAAGUUGAUCAACUUCUAUACUUUGAGGAGCAACUGCAGGCAUCGUCAGUAGCAGCUCAGCAGCCAAACGCUGAAGAAUAUGGCCAAUAAUCAAUGUAGUCAUUGUUCUCCUGAACUCUAUCUAAAGGCAAUACCGGUUUUGCGUUAAUAAAUGCAGUAAAUACCAAAUGAUUGGUAAGGCAGCAUCUGCCUACGAAAGACUGAGUCAAGGUUUCAAAAGUGAUGAAAGUCAUUGGAUCCAAAACAUUAACAGUUCUCUCUUCAUUGAAAUUGCCGAAUAUUCAGUUUUGCAGCAUUUUCUCUUUUUAUUUUGGAUUUCCAGCAUUCCCAUUAUUUGUUUUUUUGUGGUAUCACUUAAUACUCAUAAAGGAAGUAAACUUUAUAUGCAACUCAAUCCUAACAAGAAACAACUUGCUUGCUUAUAAUUAGCAAUAUUCCCGAGUGUUUACCUGGCAGAGCUUCUUUUCUAAAACACAAGCAUUUUAAGGAGGAAAUUAUAAAUAGUAGAUAGUUAAAGGUUUGUUUUUCUACACCAAAAAUGAUCAAAAACAGAUAUUGCUAUUCAUCAGCAAUCAAAUGCAAGAGUCGUUUCUCCAGAAUUUAUAACGUAACUUUUAGUAGUUUAUCAGUUCUCUUACAAUGAGUGUUUUUUUUGUAUAAAUAAAAUAAAACUUCAAUUUAUUACUCUAAUUAUGUUUUGGUAUUCUGUAUAAUUCUGUGAAGAUAAUUGUGUUCUCAACAAAGACAUAUUUUAAAAUCAUACAUUUUUACCAGAAUUGUUUCCUUUAUUAUGUGAAUAAUAAUUUCCCAAGGUUAUGGGGAAGAGGCAGGAGAAUGGGGUUAGGAGGGAGAGAUAGAUCAGCCAUGAUUGAAUGGUGGAGUAGACGAUGGGCCGAAUGGCCUAAUUCUGCUCCUGUCACUUAUGAUCUGAUGGUCUUGUGAUUAUUGGGACUGGCAUUAUUGGGACUGGCAUUAUUACCGUAAAUAUCUAAUCUCUACACCACUAGGACACAGGGUGAAAUGUCCAAGAGAUGCAGUAGAUAAGACAGCAAUGUAUCUAAGACAACACAGCCACAAGUGCCAAUGGCAGCAAACACAUGGAAACACUAACAUCAGGCUGUCCUCAAAGACAACUAUCCGGGCAGGCAUUGUUGUUUCUUCACACUUGCUUGGCCAAAUUGCUGCAAGUCACAUCCAGUAUCUUACCUCUAAUGGUCAUGGUUGAUCAUCACCUUUUCAGGGGAAAUAUGGGGAUGGGCACAAGGAAGAAGCUAGAACGGGAACAAGCCUUGUCCUCCCAACAAUUAUCGAAAAUAUCAUACCAAAACAGUAAGAACACUAGCAAGUUGCUUAAAAAGCAGACAAAAAUGUACUUCAAUCCAUGUACACUACAGAGACAUCAGUACACACUCAGUAUACAUUGAACUGAGGGAGUGCUGCACUGUUGAAGGUUAGUUCUGGGAUCAAUGACCAAAACAAGGGCCAUGAAAGUUCCCAAGCUCUAUUUUGAAGAGGAGCAAGCGAACCCAAAUCAAUAUUUAGUCCUUAAAGCUGAUCUUGAAGUCAUUGUCACUGCAAAUCGAAGGAGUUUGCUGCACUCAUGUCUGGUGCCAUUCUUCACUUCAUAGAGCUACACAGCAUGGAAACAAGCCCUUUGGCACAAUUCUGCUUUUGGCCUAAAUCCCUCUCAACCUUUCCU